AUGCCCAUUGGCCGGCAGGAUGCACAGCGGACCCGACAGUUCGGCCACAAGCGCCGUCUUAGCCCUGCGGCCGACCUGGCCGGCUGUGCUCCGAGGUCGCAUUCCGGGCCGUUCGUCAGAAAGCCAGACAGCAGCUUGGGUGAUUUUGGAGAGAUAUUCUUCUACGGAGAGGAGAUUGUGAUCUCGUGGGGCGGGCUCAACCAAACCUCUUACUACGACCUCUGGCUCACGAGCUGGGAUGUUGAAGAUCCAGUGGCUGUGCACCUGGCCGGUAAGGUCACUUUUGGAAGAAAAUGGUUACAAUGGACUCACCUGGAUGCUUCAGGGGUGGUCGACAUCGCCAAUGAAGGCCAGUUCAGCUGGACACCUCAGCCUGAUGAUCAGUUAGUCCACGAAACCCGCUAUGUCCUCCGGUUCAUCGAGCGUUCAACAGUUGCCGACGAACGCAUUGCCUUUGAAUCGGGGCUGACCAGCCCAAGCUUUUAUCUUGUACACAACCCCAGCAGCAUAUCAACCAUGGUGACAUACACCCAGACUGUGACAACAACCACCACAGCAACCACCACGCCAACUCGCGGAGGCAAGGCUGAAUCAAACUCUCCGCCACCAGAUAUGACACCUGGUGAGGCAGCCGGUCUCACGGUGGGCCUUGUCCUGCUCGUGAUACUGCUCGUGGCCGCCGAGGCGGCAUUUCUCACUCGUCGACGAACGAAGAGGAGGAUUAGUUGGGAGAGCGAGAGAGGAGGACUUAGGAAGGAAGCACCAGGAGAUUGGCAACAAGGUACGGCAAUAAACAGAAAGGAACCGGGGUUGAAACGAUGGCGGUGGCCGCAGCCUGCGGAGAAGCGCAGACAACGACACUUGAAGAAUCGGGCAGAGAAUAGGAAUGCGUUUGUAUUUAUAGCAGCAACAAAUGACCCUGGCGGUGCGCCGCCUUGGCUGUCAUUGUUUGAGUUGCCCGGUGACACAUCAAUCUCUCAAUGGGAUGUUAACAUGAUGCACGAGCUGGAAGGAAGCAGGUCCUUCCCUAGCACCAGGCCUCUCGCAUCAAACAUGCAACUGCAGACCUCGCCGAACACCAGACAAACAGCCGGUAGCGGGAAGUCUAGCACGUCUGGCUAUGGCAGGGCUUCGAGCAAGGCAAUUACAUACGCAGCAGCAGGACUUCUUAUCGUUGUUCCAACUGUGUGGUGGUUGACCAGAAAGAAGGAAUAUCAAAUGAUGGCUGUCGACGAUGUGCCCGUGCUCCCAGAGGAGUCCCAAACACAACAUUGGCAACCACUCUCCGAUGAGGAGGUGACCCGUAUUCUCUUGCAAAAUGCCUACUCGUUCCUAGCAAAAAGCGUCCCUGGCAUGGCCAGCUCCAUGGGGCAAAGGGGCCCCUUGGAUGGCUUGAGCUGUGUUAGACGGCCACGCUGGAUGGCAGACUUCCGAUCUCCUAGAAAAGAAGCUCGUCCCUGCUGUGAGAAGGGCUCUGAGAGAAUUGAGGGAGACUCUGCGUCGGAGAACGUGAUCCACGAGGCCAUUCAAAAGGCCUUUGUUGAGCUUGAUGACGCCAUCCUGAACACGCCUCUGGACAUGAUUGCUGCCAAGCACCAGGUGCCUCUAUCAGAAAUGGUGAGGAGGUUAAAUGCAGCCUAUGCUGGGUCUUGUGCCUUGCUCUCACUAUUUGACCCCUCUACAAGCACGCUUCAUGUUGCCUGCACCGGCGAUUCCAGGGCAGUCCUUGGUCGCAAGAAGCCAGAUGGCUCGUGGCAGGCUAUCCCGCUAUCAAUCGAUCAGACUGGCUUUAGUAAGGACGAAGUCUCCCGCAUCCAAAAAGAUCACCCAGAUGAGGAUCACAUUAUCAAGGAUGGCCGCGUUCUGGGGUUUGCUAUCUCCCGUGCCUUUAGAGACAGCCGCUUGAAGUGGACUUUUGAGUGGCAGCGAUAUAUCCAGGGAGCGUUUCGAGGACCCAUCAGCAAGCAUGGGAUCAAAACCGCCCCUUACGUCACCGUUGAGCCUGUCGUCACGGCCACCAAGAUUGAUACCAGUCAGCCCUCGUUUCUUAUCAUGGCUUCGGAUGGCUUGUGGGACAAUCUGACUAAUGACCAGGCUGUUGAACUCGUAGCCAAGUGGCUGGCUUCUCGUGAUAUGAGCCAGUACUAUCUCCAGAUCAAGUCUCUGGCCAAAGAGGGGAAAACGGCGCUUCAGGAUGAUAACGUUGCCGUUCAUCUAGCACGGAAUGCUCUCGGCGGGGGUAAUCCGGAGCUGAUCUCCUCCAUGAUGGCAUUUACCCCUCCCUGGUCUCGCUGGGUGCGCGAUGAUAUCACUGUGCAGGUGGUUUUCUUUGGAGAUGGCAACUUCGCGGUGUAA